AUGCAGAUGGGCUCAGCGCCCUUCUUGCGGUCCUUCAUGCGCCUGGGUCUACUUUUGCCGGCUUUCGGCCUCACUCGGCCAGACCCACCGCUGCCUUUGCUGGACCCUGCCAGCCCCAGCAAGACGCUUUUGCCCCGGGGCUUCGCUCGCAUGGACUCGCCGAUGCCGGCAUAUGGCCUGAUGCGUUCGGGCUCCCCACUGCUGCCUUUGGAUUUCGCGCACCUGGGCAGCUCCUUCUCAUUGCGCAGCUUCUUGAGGCUGGGCUUGGCGCCUUCCACUCACGGCGUUAUGUGCAUGGGGCCGCCUCUGCCAGCGCCCGACUUUAUUCACUGUGGGCUUCCGAUGCUGCUCCAGACCCUUUCUCAGCUGGGGUCGUCACUGUCCAUCUACGGCAUGGCGCGGCUGGGCUUUUUGCUGUCAGCCCCGGACCCUGUGAGCCCAGGCUCCUUGCCAUCGGCUCGCAGCUCUGUCCGCUCUGGUUUGCCCAUGUCGCCCUACGGUACCUCCCGCUUGGGGUUGUCGCUUUUGGCAUUGGACCUUGUGCAUUUGGACUCGUCCAUACCUCCGCGCAGCUUCUGCUGUCCCGGAUCUCCGCCCUUCGCCUUCGGGGCCUCGCGCUUAGACCUGCCCAUGUACGCGGAUGACGAGGUCUUCUUUGGGAGCACCAUGUCGGCACAGUCUUUUGUGCGCUCGGGGUUGUCCGUGCCCUUGUACGGCUUGUCGCGCUUGGGCCCCAGCUUGUUGACCCCGGACUCUGCGCAGAUGGGGCUGACUCCAUCAGUGCAGACCUUCUUGCGUACGGACCUUGCGCUGCUGACGUAUGGAAUCACUCGCCCAGAGAGCCCGCUGUUGGCUUGCGACUUCCUGGCACUGGACUCCUCCUCGUUCUCACGCUCCUUCAGUCGCUCAGACGCUCCCAUGGCGGUCUACAGCACAUUGCGGACGGAAGUAGCACUGCCUUUGCCGGACUUCGGCUACUUCGGCAGCACGUCGCCAUCGAGAGCGCUCACUCACCCGGACUCCUCUCCAUCCGUUUCCGGCAUGAUGCGUUGUGGUUCCACUCCGUUUAUUCUCGACAGGGUCUGCAUUGGCUUUGCCUCGCCUUCGCGAUCCUUCUUGCACCUUGGCCUGGCUUUGUUGGUCUACGGCAUCAUGCGCUUGGGCUCAUUUCUGUCCACUUUGGACGGCAUCGAGGGGGGCGGCAACCUGCCGGUGGUCUCCUUUGCACGUCUGGGUUCUACGCCCUUGGCCUUCGGCAUGGCACGACUCGGGCUGAUGCCUCUGGUGCUCGACUCCAUCUCCUUAGGCCCUACGUCGCUCUUGCGGAGCUUCGCGCACUGCGGCCUCUCCUCGUCGGCCUACGGGCUCACCAGGUCGGAGCUUUCACCUUUCAUGUUGGACUCCAUCCACUUGGGGUCUCUCAUGUUGCCGAAGGGCCACUGCCGCCUGGGCUUCAUUUUGUCGGCUUCUGGCAUGGCGUGUUUGGACUUGGCGCCUUUAUUCACCGACCUCGCCUACACGGGCAGCUCCUUGUUGCCCCGAAGCCUUCUCUGGCCCGGCUUUACCAUGUUGGCCUAUGGCAUGACGCGUUUGGGCCUCAACCCGCCAGCUCCUGACCUCCUAAAGCUAGGCUCCUCCCCUUCCUCGCAAGCAUCUUUGCACCUCGAUCUCUCACUCUUGGCCUACGGCAUGGCGCGGCUCUGCAGCUCCGCGCCCAUCUUGGACUGCCUCAACCUGGGCUCUUCGGUUCCCACGCGGAACCCCAUGCGCUCGGAGAGCCCCACGUCUGCCUAUGGGCUCACGCGCCUGGAUCCGCCUCUGCCGCCCUCGGACCCCGCAACCAUCAGCUCGCCGUCUUCUUCGCGCAGCCUUGCGAGGCUGGGAAGCACGCUCUUGCCCUAUGGCUGCCUGACUCUGGCGCCCCGGCAAGGAGAACCGGAGAGAUGA